AUGACGUCGCGUACCCAGGUCGAUCUCCUUGUGAUCGGCGCUGGCCCUGCAGGGCUCGCAGCCGGACAGAUGUUCUCUCGUCUCAAGCGCACUUGUCUUAUCUACGAUUCUGGGGUGUACCGCAACGACGUUUCGGACCACGCUCAUGCCGUCGCUGGAUUCGAAGGCGUCAACCCGGCCGAAAUCAGGCGCAAGUACAGGCAAGACAUCAUCGAGUUCUACGGCGACACUACCACAUUCAAGCAGGGGAAGAUCACGACACUCAACAAGGUCGGAGAGGUGUUUGAAGCGAAGGACGAGAAUGGCAACGAGGUCGUGGCACGGAAGGUCAUUCUUGCUACCGGCCUGAAGGACAAGCUUCCUGACAUUCCUGGUAUUGCCGACCAAUGGGGCAAGCGCGCCAUCCAUUGUAUCUUCUGCCACGGCACAGAGACUGCCAACAAACCCUUCGCGUUCCUCUUCACUGCCCCCAACGCCUGGAUCAACCCAGGCCUCGCCGGUACCAUGCUGAAGCUGUGGCCGAGUCUGAAGCACGACCCAGUAUACGUGCUGACCCAUGGUCAGGAUGUCAACACUGCUGAAGGAAGAAAGGGUGCGGGGCUCGAGGCUUAUUGGGAUAUCGUGCAGAAGAAAGGAUAUACCAUUAUAUCAUCACCCAUCACUUCGGUAAAGAGUGACGCCGACAAUACCACCCUCACGAUCACCUUCCAAGAACACUCCUCUAUCCAAGUCCCCUACAUGCUCCUGUUCCCCGAAAAGUGCACCCCCAACGACCACGCCCUUCCUUUCGUCAACGAACAGCUUUUCGGCCUGCCUCUCGGGCCCAUGGGUACCAUCCCCUUUGACCCUGCCUCUCAAGGGAGUGGUGGGGGAGGCGGUAUGCCGCGUAUGGGCGAUAGCCCCAAGACGCCUGUGAAGGGCUUGUUCUGGGCGGGGAAUAGCGGGGCGCCGGCAGGUAAUGUGGCGAUCAGUGUGGCACAAGGGCAGAUGGCCGGGGCGGUCGCUGGAGAUGAGCUCGGGGAUGAGGAUCUUGCCAAGCUGUAA